AUGGUAACCGCUAUAUAGAAUUCAACCCAUACAAGUGACACAACACGAAAAAAGAACCAUAAAGCGACCAACCCACUUUUUACACCUGACAUAACCACUCGAAACUCCGCAAGUGUCUCAAGAAAAUCGAAAUUAAAAAGUGAUUCUUCAACCCUUGAUAAUCUAAAUAUAUUGGAAUCAGUCCUGGACUCAGAGCUUGAGCUCAAAUUUCAAUCCAAACAGAGGACCAACGAACUCUUGAAAACUCAGAACGGCCCAAUUUCUGAAGAAAUCCAGCUUCAGUUGCAUGCAAGAGACAUGAAAAUCAACGAACUAAACCGAGAAAUAUUAUCUCUCAGAGCUAAGCUAAAACUAAAUAAAGAGAAUAACAUCGUUCAAGAACUCCAAGAAAAAUCAAAAGCCUUUGAAGUUGAGCUGCUAUCUCAAAGAUUCAUAUUAGAAAAAGAAGAAAAACGAUAUGAAGAUUUAAAGCAACAAUACGACAAUUCACUUGUAGAGUGAGAGUUAGAAAGAGCAAAGCUUAUCCACCAACAAGAAGAAAUCAGAGGAGAAGUCCAGGUCCAAAAAAUAAGACUUGGAAAAAAACGAGAAGAAAAUGAUGAGCUAAAAAAUGAUAACAUUCAGCUAUCAAAAUUAAUAGAUGAGCUAACUGGGCAUAAUAAAGAACUUGUGGCGAAAGUAGAGAAUAUGAUCAAUGAAUUGGAUGAAACAGCAAGAAGAUAUCAUGAGCUUAAAGCCAAAGAAGGGUAUUAUGAUCAAGUCGAAAAAAUGCUUGAAGAAUACAUGGCAGGAAAAGCGAAAAAAGAUACACAGAAAGCAAAGUUUGAGCAAGCUAUAGAGAAGAUGAAAAAGUUUAAGGGGGCAGCUGAGCGAAUUGAAAAUUCCAUAAAAGACCUUGAAGACUCAAUGAAGAAGAAAAUUGUUGCACUUAAUAGUGUAAGGCCAGAUAGAAUUUCGAGCGAACUUCCUCAGAUUACUGGGUCUCUCCAAGAUUUAAUAAGACAUGCAGAAGAAAUCCGUAAUACAUUUCAUGCCAAUAUCCCUACUGACUUAUUAUCUGACUCAUCGCCUGCACAACCCAAUGCAAGCACCAGAGUUGUCGAGCUCGAACAGGAACUCCUUAAAAUCGACUUGCAGUUCAAACAAUACAAAGCUGAAGAGAGUACAAAGGACCAGCAAAUAGAAAGCCUAAAACAGAUAAUGGAAAGGCACCAUAAAGAGCACCUUGAUUGGCAAGCUCACAUGAAAAGCAAAAUCCUAAUCUAUAAGCAAAGAAUCCAAGAUCUCAAAGAUAAAGCCGAGAUGGCUAACCGAGAAGUCCAGAAAAAAGAUUUCGACAUCCAAAACGACAUUUUCAAACUCGAAAAUUUAAACAACAAAAUCGAGCUUCUCGCUAAAAAAAACAAUGAAGCUGUUAUGAGAGAAGAAGAUUUGAAGUCUCAAAUUUCCUCUAUGAAAUCAAAAAUCGCAAGUUUGAUUGAAGACAAGCACUCUAGCGAAAGCAAUCUUAAGGUCAGAGAAAGGAAAAUUUACAAGUCACUGAUGGUUUUGCAGACCAUAAAGCAGGAAAUGUUCAAAAAAGACACAGAACUCUUAAAGAAAAACAAAGAAAUCGCCAGGAUGGAAGGGGAAAUGGAGAAAUUGAAAGGGAUGGAGCAAAAAUUCCACUCGAGGGCUAAGUUGAUUGAAGGCGACCUUUUAUCAAAACUCAGCAAAGAACUAGAAGAAAGGGACCAAAAAAUUGAUAUGCUGAAAGAAAUGCUGAGAGGAAACCAGCCAGCAAGACGGAAAACUGAGGAGUCUUCAGAGUUAUAA